GACAAAUCAGCUUCAAUUUUGUGUUGGACAACAUAUAUCAUUUUGUAUGGUGAUAUAUUUAGCCAACCUCUUUAUGAAAACCACCAGAAGGACCAAAUGGUACCCAAGGGGACAGACUCUUAUUACAAGGAAGUAUAUGACAGAGAGAUUUUCCUUGAAAACCAAGUGAACAAGUUGAACAAGGAACUACACAUAUGCAGAGACAGAGAGAUUUUCCUUGAAAACCAAGUGAACAAGUUAAACAAGGAAUUGCACAUGUGCAGAGGUGGCACUGACUUCUGCCUUGCAGACCCAAACUGCUUCUUGCAAACGAAUUUUACAUUCGACGACUCUUACAAUGUUUGCUAUGGCGAUAUGUACAUCAAAAACUCGACCUACAACCCUGGAAAAUACGUGGGAAUAAUCCUUUGUUCUCCAACAAGAUACCAUCUGUUUCUGAGUGACGACAUCUACGGAAUGUUCUACAACAUCGCGGAUGGGGGCGGAUCCGGCGAGGACCAUUGUGAGCUGAUUGGAGGAACCUCUUCGACGGCCACAGUAUCUGCGGACUACAGCCAGAGUCCCGGCAUCAAAGGGUAUUACCGGCAUAGAAUGAACCAAGCUUUUAAAUUCGGUGACAUUGGGAAACUGGGGCCAUCGUCAAAUUGGUUUGGAACGUGGCUCGAAUGUGGAGUUACAAUUCCUGACGAUGUAUACGUCUAUCGAGAGUGAAAGGUUCUGAGUAGACAUAUGCCCGAUAUGUGGAACAAAACCCAAAUAGUAAUAUACAAUUAAGUGUGCAUGCUUAUAUCUUAUACAGAGGAAGCGUCUAAUCUUGGUUUGUGUUUUGUUUUAUUGUGUUUCUCUUUUUUGAUAAUUUUGUCCGUUGUUUUUUCCCUGGACAAGAUAGGUUAUAUAUCUAAGUAAUUUUAGAAAUAAGUACAUACUAUUUGUGUAGAAGAACGUGUCAAUGUAUUUUAUUCAAAGAAUAAAUGUUGCAAAGCAAUUACUGUAGUGUGAUACAUUAUCGACAAUACUUGGUCUUAAUUCCAUUGUUUUAGAUUAUCGUUAUUUCUUAUGUUUAGACAUAAACAUAUGUUUCCAAAUUUUCAAUUAACAAAAUUUGUUGCAAUUUUAUUUUCGUAAAUUUACACUUCUUACAUUAGCCUGUCAAUCACAUUUUUUUUUUUGGCUUUAGAAUCGUUUCAAUUAAAAUUGAUAUCAAAAUGUGUUGGUUUUCUUAGUUUAUGAAAUAAAGCAACAAAAGAAAAACAGCAACAUAAAGUUAAAAAUGUCUCGUUUAGAUACGGACAUUGAAUAGUUUUAUAUAUGCUAAAUAUUUUACAACUUUAUAACAAAAGUCUAAUUAA